AUGAAUAAUUCUGACGACCUUGAUCAGCCCGAACCGGAAGGAAUUGACGAGGAAUUGCAAUCCAUGGCGCAAGACAUUGCUGAGGCAAUUCGGGUCUUUGCGGGGAUUUUCGUUUUCAUGUUGAAGCUCGGCGAGUUGAUGAACGAAGAGCGCCCCGAGCCGUCGACAUCCACGACAUCGUUAAUAAGUGAAGACGACGCCUACCUCGCCGACGAUUACAAUGGAUGGGAACAUCCUGGCGAUUGCGUUAGUAAAGAGCAAAAAGCAGACGCCAUCCUAGAGCAAUAUGGCCUUAAGGUGUACCCCAACUCCGGUGAGACAUAUGGACCUGACUUUGAAAGGCCAUGCACCAGCAAGAAGCAAAAAAGGGCUGCCAUCAGUCGGCAGUGCGAGCCGGUUGGCAAAGCCGCCCUCAUAAUUGACCAUCCUUUGUCUACCCAACAAGCCAAGGCCAGCUUCAAAGCACGGUUCUACAAAGGCGGGAAAGCCGCCCAGCAAGCCAUGAACCAUCAGAAUUAUCUGUGCGUCCGAAUUCCAGAUGGCUUCCCUAUUACGGGUGCAAUAAUGGAUAAUAACGCAGGCCAAGGGCUUCUUCAUACAAUAAUACGUCAUGGACCUGAUUGGGAGGCAGUUAUUCCUAAAUAUCGAGAUAUUUUUGAGCGCCUCUCGGAACCUAUCAGACAAUUCGUCGAAGCCGCUUCCGGACUAGCCGAUGACAAGAAUCAUCAAACAGAACAUUUGCGCGAUGACUUCCGGCAGCUGCUAGACAGACAGGCCACCGGAAAUGAUUACAAGCGUAAAAAACACGCGUGUACCGCAAUUACCGCAAUGGCAGGUCCGUCCAGCAACCAGGCCGUUCAUGAAGCCUACCUGGCGACGUGGUGGGAAAAUCCGGGACAAUGCACAACCAAGGAAGAAAAGGAGGCGGCCGUCGCGGAGCAAUAUUCGCCCCCAAGCACUCAGGCAUCUAUUCAAGGUGUACAGGCUGGAGCCCCGGCUCACCAGCGCAACGUUGUCCGCUUCUCCGUUGAGAAGGCCGAGGAACGUCUAGAAAAGCUUGCAAAAACCGCCUUACAAUUCGAUAAGCCGUGCGAUCUACACGUUCCAUUCCCCAGCAUGUUCACCUUCACGGGUGAUAUACUGGAUAGCGACGUGCACCAGGGCCUUCUUCACACCAUCCUUCGCCACAGUCCGCAGUGGGUGGAGGUUGACUCGGUCUACAAAGAUUCAUACGAUAAGCUCAGCACCCAGACUAAAACCAGAAUCGCAGCGAUUUCCGCUCUUGGCUACAACAAAUAUCUGGCAGCGCAAAAAUUGUGCGGUGACUUCAUGAAUUAUACACAGAACGGCAUGGCCUCGGCUGAUUUCAAAGUCCUCUAUAAUCUGCAACAGCUUGUCUACAAAUACCUUCGGAUCCGAACAGACCACGGUCGUAACUAUGACGGCGAGGCCGUAUCAAAGAGUAAACGUGUUUGGAUAUUCUUCUACGUGGGAAUCCCCAAUCUCGAAUAUAUGGUGGUUUGCCCUUCCAUCGAGCCGGGAAAUGCUAUCGUUGAUUUUGAUGCUAACAAGCACGUCCUCAGCUCGCGGAAGCCUGAAUCCAGACGGAAUGCAAAUGAGACGGACGAUGAAGGAUGGGGUUGGACUGUUGGUCUGGGUGCGGCACUUCUAGGUGCCGCCGCCUGGGGAGCUGCAUCAUGGUAUAACAGCAGAAAUGAGGAAGACCAGCCACGGAGCCAUGUUCAGACAUCGGCGCCGAUUCGACACGUUCACAUGCCAACAUAUACACCUGCAGAACCAGCGCAAAUUGCUGAAGCGCCACCUACAGCAGAGGAAGAAGAGACCUUCCUCGCCGACGACUACAACGGCUGGGAGCACCCCGGAAAUUGUACGAGUAGGGCCCGAAAAAGUGAGGCAAUCCAGCAAUAUCGAGAUGCGGUGGAGUCUCGGAUUUACGCUCCGCGUCGAAAUGGCCGUGCCGGUGCGGCUCUCACCACGCUGGAAGCCAUAAUACAAUUUGACAAACAUAAGCGUGAAAACGGGGAAGCCGCUCGACAAGCAUUCAAAAAAAGAAGUCUACUUGAGGUGCCGAUGCCAAGUGGUUUUGAGAGUACGUGCGCGAUCCUGGAUAACAAUGGCUAUCAAGGGCUGUUGCAUACAAUCCUUCGCCACAGCCCGGAAUGGAAAGAUGUUGCGCCCGGAUAUGCUAAUAUUUACCAGCGGCUUAGCGAGCAGACGAGGGCCGCCAUUAGCAAAAUCUCACACCUGGCCGAUAACAACCAGAAGCGGGCACAACAGAUGAUCAAGGAGUUCAAGAAAAGCCUAGGCACGAUGCCGGCAAACGAUUGCAAAAUUCUGCAAAACCUCCAGGGAAUCAUCUAUGACUAUCUGUGCAAGACCAUUAAUGCCUGGAAUUAUGCCGGCGAGGGGGCCAACCCAAGUGAUUUUGUUCAGUUUUUCUUCCAAGAAUCAGGAAAUGCAUCGAUUGGCUACAUGGUCGUAUGCAUCUCGAAGACCGUCGAUGGUUCGGUUCCGAAGUUUGACGAUCCGAGACCCGUCAGCAACAUCAACACCAUCUACUUUGUCGAUGAACAUACCUUGCGCGGGCGGAAGGUCUCUGAGUGCUUCUCUUUGCAC